AUGGACUUGAGGAUCCUCCUAUACCUGGCAUUCGCCGCCCUCAGCGCCGCCCAGCUGACGCUCACCGUCGGCCUGCCCUCCAAGCCGAACCCUUUCCUCCUGCCCCCCAGCACCCACGCCACGCUGUCCAGCCUCCACAAGCGCCUCGAGGCCCCUCUGACGACGGUCAACACCUUCAACUUCCACAACGUUACGGCCGGCUCCUACCUGCUCGACGUGCACUGCGCCACGGAAAACUUUGGCCCGCUGCGAGUCGACGUCGGCGCGGAUGGCGAGGUCAAGGCCUGGGAGACGUACCGCGGCAACGAGUGGGCGAACAAGGGCGAGGAGGUGCAGGUGAAGACCGAGGGCGGGUCGAGGGGAAUCAGCGUCAAGGGCGUGGGAUCCAAGAUUUUCUUUAUUGAAAGGCCGGCGUUUUCCGUGUUCAGCAUCCUCAAGAACCCUAUGAUUCUCAUGGGCCUGGUUUCGAUGGGUCUUGUGUUUGGCAUGCCAUACUUGAUGGAAAACAUGGACCCUGAGCUGCGCGCCGAGUUCGAAGAGCGACAAAAGGAGAGCCCCAUGAACGCCAUCAUGGCAAACGCCCAAGGUGGCCAGAACCCCCUUGGCAACUUCGACAUGGCGGCCUACCUGGCAGGUUCAGGCAAGAAGGAGGGUGUAAAGAGGUGA